AUGAACGCACUAACAAUUCUAUUCCUAUUCGUACCAGUAUUAGUAGCAAUCCUACUGAUGACUAACGUACUAUUAGCAGCACACCGACCGGACACAGAAAAAGUGACUGCCUACGAAUGUGGGUUCUCACCUAUCUACGGUCAAACACGGGCUCCAUUCAGUAUUCAAUACUACUUAGUGGGAAUCCUCUUCUUAAUUUUUGAUCUGGAAAUUCUACUAAUGUACCCUAUCGCAGUAACACUAUACAGUGUUUCUAUUUACGGGUUCUGGAUCGCCAUCAUUUUCUUCACUGUACUUACACUCGGUUUCGUAUACGAAAUCGGUACUGGAGUACUUUACUUCACUGACCAACGAUCAGCUAUUAACCGAACAACUAUCGUUCAAGACCAAUCAUAG